AUGGGAUUGAUUACACUACUGAGCAUCUUUAUCGUUUUAUGCAUUUUUGCUUCUAAAGCUAAUGGAGGUACUGUUAUUCCAGCAUAGAAUCCCAUACUAACAACAAUUUCUAACAAGGAUUAGGUAUCAGAUUACAUAUUUGUCAUGAGUUUUUAAAGUGGGCUGCCAAUAGGAAAUGUAGUUUAGGUGGUUUUUCCAAAUUCAUAUGAAGAUGAAUUAGGUAUUUCUUAUCUUACAAGCACUGCUUGUAUUCCUACUUGCACUCUUUCUUCAAGAACAGUUAGCUUUACAAUCCCCUAAUCAGUAGCUAAAUACGAUCCAAAUAACCCUACUUCUAAUCAGAUUAGUGUUAAAAUAACUGGAGUUGCUAAUCCAUCAUAAAAAGGUGGGAGUGGAAAUUUUAUUGUUCGUUCUCUCAUAGGAUAAAUGGUCUACGAUGAAAAUUUAGCCUUCGCAAGCAUAGGGAUAGGAGAUAAAGUUUUAAAAUUUCCAUUUACAAAAGUAACUGUUGCAAAUAAUGCAGCAGGGGCUACUUCGCUCUAUAGUUUUGAGUUUAAAACUAGUAUAUAUUUUCCAUAAGAUGCCUAUGUAUUAAUUACCUUAGAUACUUCAGCAGGUUUUCCUUACAAUCCGGCAAAUACAAAUAUCGCUUGUUAACCUUAUAAUAUAAAUGGUUAUUUGGUUGAUGCCUCGUUUGUAUGUACUAGACUAAGCUCCAGUUAGAUUUAAGUGUCAGGCUUCAAUAGUCCUGUAUCAGCAAAUGCAGAUAUAGGUAUUUAAAUGACAUUAUAGAAUCCUCCAUAUUCUUAAACUACUGGAUACUUUAUUAUUGCUUUGUUUAGAGCAAAAACUACUUACAUUUAUUCUUGGAGAAAUGAUGUUAGUGGAGUGUAUAUAGCACCUUCUCCAUUGAUAUCAACAACUAUUACAACUAAAAUUCCAAACGCAGUAAUUAGUAAAUAAAAAAGAAUGGAUUAUUUAAUAUCUUUUGAUCCAUAAACAGCUCUUUCAGCAGGAUAUUUUAUUACUAUUACUAUUCCCUCCACAUUCACUAUUUUACAAAAUUCUGGCUAUGAUUUAGCUUAUGUUGUUUCAGGUUUACAAAAUGCAAAUAAUCAAAUAAUAAAUGUUUAGUAUAUCGGCUCUAAUUAAAUAUAAAUUUCUAAUUUUUAGUCUGUAAGUGGAACUACACUCAUUUAAGUUUUAGUUAGGUUAAGAAACCCAGAUGUUUAGGGUGCUACAGCAUAGUUUAGCGUGGGUAUUUAUUUAGGCACGUAGUUGAUAUAUUAAGGAAAUGUUGGGUAUGUCACAGUUUUAAACAUUUCUUCUCCAGAUCCUUUUGGAGUAGGACUAGUCUCUAAUGUUGCAGAUGGGACACUUGAUACAUUUACAUUUACUGUUUUACCAACAUAAGCUCUACCAUAAAAUGCUUUAAUAUAAAUUCUAUUCCCUUCUGAUUUUUAGAUUAGUGUAUCUGCAUCAAGUGAUUGUUAAUUUAAUGGAGCUAAUUCAUUAGGAUGUUCAUUAGUUGGAAAUAUAAUAAAAAUUGUAAACAACUUAGCUAGAUUACCAGGAUAAUAAUACUCACUUCAAAUUAUCAACAAAAUUAAAAAACCAGCUUAGAGCUAUACAGCCUUAGUUGAUCUUGUUUUUUUACAAUCAGAUGGAGUUACUUUAAUUGAAAGUUAUUCAGAAUAUAUUUAAUUAUCACCUUAGCCUAUUACAGUUUAAGAUUCAACGAUGAUGCUUGGAAGUUAUUCAUCAUUUAACGCGCUAACUAUAUUAAAUAUAAGGCUUACUUUACCAGUUACUUUGCUAGGUACUACAGAUAAUAGUUUUAUUGAAUAUACUGUAACAACCAGCACAUUUGAUAUUAAUUUUGGAAUGACUGGGACAUCUGAUUUUUAGUCAAUACCUUGUGCAGUAGCCACUGAAUCUGAUCUCUAACCUGUUUCAAAUUAAUUUGCUUGCCGUAUAAGGAUUAAUGGAAUUCAACCAGGAAUUUAUAUAAGUGGGUUUUCUUAAACUAAUUCAGGAAAAUUAGCUUCAAUUUUUAUACCAAACAUAUAAAUGACAGCAAAUUAGAACUAAUUUAAUUAUAUGUUGUCUAUAGGAAAGAUAGUUAAUAAUUUUAAAUACUAUCUCUACUCAACCGGGUCUAAAUUAUAUAAUAUACCUUAGAAUACUAAUUCAAUAAAUGUUUAAUCUAGCACAUAUGCUAGUCCUACUUCAUCUAUAUAAAUAGGUUAACCUUUCUCUCUUAUUUAUCCUACAACUCUUUCUUCAAGAAUAGGAAGUUUGCUUUAUGUCAUUUUACCUACCUAUGCUAAUGGUUUUAUAAGAUAAGGUGCUGUAAAUUCUUGUUAACCUAGCACUACUGUAAAUUCAGAUUGUUACUACUUUCCAACUUUAGAUUAAGCUAUUAUUUAGAUACCUAAGCAAAGCACAUCAUGGUAGAAUGGUUAAUUUCCUACAUUAGUGUUAAACAAUUUAAUUUAUCCUUCUUACAGUAAUCCUUCAUUGAAUCCAUUAGUAUGGUAUAAAUUUAGCUUUGAUAACACUGAAUAUGGUAUUUACUAAGAUAAUAAUUUCCCUGUUGCCUAAGUAAGGUCCUUCGCCACAUAUUCUUUAACACCAUCUUAGCAAGGUGCCAAUUAUGUAGGAGUAGUCUACUCUUUUACGUUUACUCCUCAGGAUGCUAUUCCAGCAGGAGCUAUUAUCUAGAUAAUUUUCCCUUCAAUAUAUAACAUUUAAAACAGCAAUCCUUUGCCUCAAGCAUCCUCAUAGACUCUGAUUGGAACAUCAAGCUCAAGUUAAAUUACAGUUUCAUUCAAUUAAAAUGUUAUUAGCAUUAGUAACUUUGCAGCAGUAAGUGCUAACACAUUGAUUGAUAUUGCGAUAAGUGGUAUAAAGAAUCCUAAAUCUGAAGGUACCAACACAGGUAAUUGGGUUAUUUAAACGUCCAUAAAUGGAUAUUUUAUAAAUGUUUCACCUCAAUUUGGUGCAUUCACUGUGACUGGCACAUUUACCCCAAGCUAUGUAAAAUUCAUAUCGAUAAGUAGUUAUCCAACAAAUGUAAAUUUGUAUGCUAAUUACUAUUUCAGCUUUUAAUUUUCAAACUCUCUGGCUAUAGGAACAUAAAUUUAGAUAUAAUUUCCUUCUUCUUAAUAUGUUUAACUUCCAUAAAAUCCUAGCUGCAUAGUUACUUCGGGUUUAUAAGGUUUUUAAAGCUGUUAGUUAAAAGGAACUACAUUUGUGAUAACUACAAUUAGCAAUUAUUAGCCUGGUAUCAUAAAUUUGGUAAUUGAAAAUAUUCUCAAUCCUAAUGCUGAUACAACCUAGCCAUUUUAAAUCACUACUAUUUAUGAUGGGACAAUAAUAAAUCUGACUGAUUCAAGUACUAUAACUAACAGAUACAUUGAUUUGCAGCCUUAGGGUAACCCAAUAAAUGUAUAGAGCGUAGUCUUUUAACCAAGAAAUUAAGCUGAAAUUUCAACUUACACUUUUUCAUUUAUAACUACUUCUAGUUUAAGCUCAGCUAAUGUAAUUUAUAUCUAAUUUCCAUCUGUUUAUGACAGAAAUUUAGGAAAUAAUGUAUAUUGCUCAAGUUUAGGAUUAAACACGCAAAUCAGUUGUUCAGUCAGCAAUCGAAUUGUAACAAUCACAGGAAUAGUGAGUUAUAUACCUUCUAGCAACAAUCCAAUAGUACUAUCUAUUUCUAACAUAGUUAAUCCAAAUUAAGUUGUUAACUCAAACACUGGAUUCUUUACAAUUGCAACUGCUCUUAGCAACUCUUAAAAAUUUAUAGAUUCCAAUUCUACAGCCAUAGUUCUUGAAAUGUUGCCUUCUCCUGGAUGGUCAAUACUAUACAAUUUAACCAUUUCAAACACAUAUAGCAGAUAGUUAGCAAGUUAUGCUUUUAAUCUCUAAACUUUCAAAUCUAUUCCAAGUUAAACUAAUAAAGGAUCAUUGAUAAUAUAGUUCCCAAGUUAAUAUAACAUACCAAACUAAAACUAUUUAAAUUGUGGUUCCAGUACUAGCAGUUAUGCAAUUAACGGUUUAUAGUGCAGUGUUACAAAUAACUAGGUUAGUGUUUUAGGAAAUUAGAAUAGUUAUAAUGGAAAUAUUUAGCUCACCUUGUAGACAAUAAAAAAUCCAACCUUAUAAACAUCUAUCAGCAAUAUCUAAAUAUUUGUGUAUGAUGGUUUCAAUAUGAAAAUAUUGGAAAGAACGUAUUCGAAUUUAGACCCAACUUCAUCUUCGUUUGUCUAUAGUGGUCCCUUGAUUAGUGUUAAUAAUGGAAAUCCAAUAACUAUCGAUGGUGGAACAGUAAGUGACUAUAUACCAAUAAGCUUAAGCUACCCAUGUGCUCUAAAUUUAACAAUUUAGGCUAUUUCAAAGGGAUCACUCAAUUUAUUGCCAAGCACAAUAUCACUGAAUAGAGGGGCACUAUCAACAAAUUUUAGAAUAUCAGUUCCUCAAAAUUUAGAUAUUGGUACUUACACUAUUUAGUGGUAAAUUAUUGGUGAUCUAUCAGUACCAUAUUACACUCCUAUUCAGGACACUACAGUUAUAGUUACAGCUGUAGGCAAGAACUUAAUCAGUAUAAGCCCACUUAAUCCAAUUCCUUAUAUGGGAAAUUCUCUGCUGACUACAAUUUCUAUAAAAAAUCCUCCUGAUUCUGAUAUUACCAUAUAUUUAGCGUUUUCGAGUUUUUAUGAAGGCGUUUAUCUCUCUUAAAGUUCACUCGUCUUCCCAUAAGGAGUUACAUCUGGUUAAUUUUAUGUUUACUCUAAACAAAUAAACGACGAAAACUAUGCAGAUAGAGGAACUAUUAUUUUAACUUUAUCUGGAACAAAUAAGAAUGUCUAUCAACUGUAAACAAACUUUUUAGAUUUCACAGUUGUACAAAGAGACUACUAAUUACCAACAAUAAAAUCUAUUUUAGUAGACCCAGCAACUCUUUCAUAAACAGUAGCAAAUAUAUCUAUCCUUGUUUCUGAAAUUUCCAUAGUAUAUUACAUGAUUGCUUUAGCUGGAACUGCCUAGCCUACUAAACUAGAGCUAGUAAAUGGAGGUCCUCCAUCACUACUUACAACCUAAUCUAUAUACGGAAACUCAUAAACAGAUAUAAAUACUUAAAUAGCUCUUGUUUCUUACACUAAUUUGAUAGCUGGAAACGAUUAUGUAUUUUAUGCAAUAGCAUAAGAUAGAGGAUAGUACUUUAGCUCUAUAUAAUAAUUGAAGUUUUCUACAUUACCUAAAUAUAGAACUGCAUAAUUCGUUCUAAGGUUUAAUUAAGCAAGCAUGAAUUAAGUGUAGCUCUAGGUUGCAAGAAAUACACUAGCAUUCAUACUUUCAGUCUCAUCAAAUCAAAUCUUAUCUUCAAUAACUGGAAAUCGUCGUGCUUUAUUAGAAAAUGAACAUUAAAAUAAAGAAAUUUUAUUAGAUUAAAAUAAAUUAAUAACAAAUAUAAAUUCAAAUGCACAACAAUAAAAUAGAAAUUUAUAAACCAUCUUAGAGACAAUGUACCUUGUCUCUGACUACACUAGUAGUAACUUCCCUGCUCCAGUUGAUAUGAUUGCUUUACUAAAUGGCUCAAAAAAGCAACAGCUCAUUACUACACUUGCUAAUUAUGAUCCUACAUGGACAAUUACUUUUUAAGAAUAUCCAAAAACUACUCCAACACUAGCUGCAGCUCCAACAAUUGGCACUAAAUAAACUACUUCUAUCAGUGUUAACUUUUAAUCUGGUUCAAAUCCUGUUUAUGUGUAUUGUGUAAUUAUAUAGUCAACAGAUACUACUAUCCCAACUCCAAUUUAGGUUUAUAGAGGCUUAAAUAGCUUAAAUUAAUAGAUGCCUUCAAAUUCAACUUACAUUGGUGCUUCAAGCACAAGUUCUUUUGUCAUAACAUCCUUGAAACCAAGCACAAAGUAUAAUGUUUUUGUAGUUGUUGGAUCUGAUUAACCAGGUUUCCCAGAUUUACAAGAUUAAAAAUCAAUGUAUUAACUUUCUUACACAACGGAUGUACAAUAAACAGUUGUAAGUAUACAAUCCUCAGGCAAAAUAUUGGAAUUUUCUUGUAUCAUAAUUUUAUUUACCUUUUAUGUGAUAGUUUGA